GGCAUUCACGCUUCGGAACUUCCGAGUUUAAGCUUCAAGCUAUCACCGAGAUUGGCACUAAUUUUGCGUGUUAACUGUUAAGUCGUCGCUUUAAUCUACAAAUUCUUCUUCAAAACUAUCGAUUCGAACUCCUUGUUGAGCGUUUUCUGGAAGUUUAACCCCUCAAAAUUAUUUCUUUGGAGCGAUGGUUCUAUCGCAGAAGAUUCAUGAAGCCUUCAAAGGGACCGUCGAGAGGAUUACAGGGCCUCGUACGGUCUCCGCAUUCAAGGAGAAAGGUGUUCUUAGCGUCAGCGAAUUCAUUCUCGCUGGCGAUAAUCUCGUCUCCAAAUGCCCUACCUGGUCUUGGGAAUCUGGGGAGCCGAGCAAACGCAAGUCCUACUUACCCCCUGAUAAGCAGUAUUUAAUCACUAGAAAUGUGCCUUGUUUACGAAGGGCAGCAUCUGUGGAAGAAGAAUAUGAAGCUGCAGGAGGGGAAGUACUUCUUGAUAAUGAAGAUAAUGAUGGUUGGCUAGCAACUCAUGGGAAACCAAAGGAAACCAAGUGUGACGAGGAGGAAAAUUUACCUUCCAUGGAGAUCUUAGAGAUCAGCAAGAACAAAACUAUUCAUUCAAUCCCCUCAUAUUUUGGUGGUAAAGAGGAAGAAGAUAUUCCAGAUAUGGAAGAGUAUGAAGAUCCUGAUAACCUUAUUGAGACAGAUGCUGCAACACUUCAAUCUACAUAUCUUGUGGCUCAUGAACCUGAUGAUGACAAUAUUCUCCGAACUCGAACAUAUGAUGUUAGCAUCACGUAUGAUAAGUAUUAUCAAACUCCACGUGUUUGGCUUACUGGAUAUGAUGAGUCAAGGAUGCUCUUACAACCAGAGCUUGUACUUGAAGAUGUUAGUCAAGACCAUGCCCACAAAACAGUGACCAUUGAGGACCAUCCUCAUUUGCCAGGGAAGCAUGCAUCUGUACAUCCAUGUAGGCAUGGUGCUGUGAUGAAAAAGAUCAUUGAUGUUCUAAUGUCACGAGGAGUUGAACCACAAGUUGACAAGUACUUGUUCUUGUUCUUGAAAUUUGUGGCCUCUGUAAUUCCUACUAUUGAAUAUGAUUAUACAAUGGACUUUGACAUGGGUAGCUCCAGCAAUUGAUUUGAGAUGGAAGAUGUGAUGGUAGAGCCGUAGAGGAAGUGCUUAUGCAGCUGCAUCUCGUGUGGCCCUUCCAAAUCAACCCCACACUCAAAACGUUCUUGUGCUUGUACAUAUGAUCUCUACAAGAUGAUAUAUAUAACUGAAAUCCUUGUGGCAUUGGUGACGAUACAAACUCAUUUAAAGCUGUUCAAUCCCUGAUUUCUUCUGUAACCACAGCAUGCUGAAUCCAUUCAGUUUGUUCAGUGUGGAGUUGCUUAAAUGAAAUUAAUUUAACGUA